GGGUGGGACACGUGUUCGUUUUCGCGCGAAAGCAGUUUGUCUGUGCAAGGUGUGCUUACUGAGAGGACUCUGUUGUGUUGAGGUUAAAGAGAAGAUCCGAACUACAUUACAAAUGGAUAAAGAGUUAUUUCGUAAGCUUGCUUCGAAGAUCGGGAUAACAGCUGUUAAAGUAUUGAGUCAAGCAGAGGAAUACAUGCGAUUAUCCCAAGUGAAGUGUGUUGGACUGGGUUCUGUUACAGCCACCAGCAAGGCCAUUAUUUGCCUCGAGUUGGCAGCGACUUCAAUGAAAUUUCCUCUAGACAAGGAGUAUGCCAUCAAACUAUCAGGACUGAGUCCUAAGGUGUACUCCAGUAAUUUUAAGGCUAUGGAGUGCAUGCUGGGCCUGCAGUCAAACCUGGGUCUCAGAGAUCUUGCAGUGCAGUAUGGCUGUUUGGAAGCAGUUAAAGUGGCCUCUCGGAUCCUUCAGCGGUAUGAGACCAGUUUGCCUGCUGCUCAGCAACACGACCUUGACCUGUCUAAGCCUCUCUUUACCACAGCAGCUCUGUAUGCAGCAUGCAAGUGCAUGAAAAUCAGAACUGACAGGAAAUUAGCUUCUUCAUCUGGAGCAAAGAAGGGCAUCUUUGACCGGCUGUGCACACAGUUUCAGAAAUUUGGACAGGAGAUCUGCAAUGGACCUUCAUCUAUGGAGAAACCAGUCAAAACUGCUCAAAAGAGGCAGAAGACUCUCACUGAAAUACUAGAAACGGAAGAAGAUGAUGUAGAGAUUUCAACAUCCCCUAAACAAGAGCGAGUCGAGAAGACUGAGGAAGAAGAGACAAAAAAUUAUGAAGAGUGGAAAAGAAAAAUCCUUGAAAAUGCAUUAAAAGCAAAGGCGGUAGAUUCUUGAACUCUGUAAGGUUUUAUGUUUCCAAUUUAUUUAAUUAUCGUUCUGCAUAAUGUCAACAGGUCCUUCCAGGAGCUGGAUUUAAUACUCUGUAUUACUAAGAGAAGUUGUCGGCCCCCUUCUGGCUUCUUGGUUUCAUAAUUUCAUUCACAUAUGGACAUUUCCAGAGGCACUUUUUAUUAUCCUUUUGAUUUAUUGCCAUUUCCUGGUGCAACGAUGGUUACU